AUGUAUUACAUAGAUCGUUUUCUGUUUGCAGUGGAGUCCCUGGAAUGUUACGAGUGCAACAGCCACACGGACAGCAACUGCGCGAAGGACGUGCCUCCUGACACUCUGAAGAAGGACUGCUCCACGCACAUAGAAGGCGCCAAGUACAAGCUCUGCCGCAAGAUCGUUCAGUACAUUGACUUCGAAGUGAACGGCAAUAAGCCAGAGAAGCGCAUCAUUCGAACUUGUGGAUGGGAUGACUCAAACUACCAAAAUGCUUGCUAUCACCGCUCUGGGUUUGGUGGCCGACAGGAAGUGUGUUCAUGUGAUAAGCCUCUUUGCAACUCCGCUCCAAUAUCUUUCACUAGUGCAAGUACUAUGGCUGUACUUGUGUUCAAUAUUGCCAGAUUUUUGUUCUGAACUUAGUGCUAUUGACUACAGAACAGCAAAUAAUCAUUAUACCCACAACAACAAUAUGGUUCUUUCACCACAUGUGGGACAUUCUGUUUGUAAGCAAAAUAUGCUUCUUCAUCUUUGAUGAAAAUUUUGUUUGUGAAAAGCAUGUUUCCCUCUUUACUGCCUUCAUCUUACAAACUGUGCAUAUUUAUUGUUACAAAUUUAUUAUCUUCAUGGGAACAUGUUUGCACAAAACCAUUAUUUUCAUUUCCAAUAGUGAUGCACAAACCUAUUUUUAAACCCAAAAAUAAAAAAGCAACAGUGCAUUAUUUUUAUAUUGGUUUUUUGCAGUUGGUUACAUUUUGAACUUAUGCUUUUCUGAUGCAUUUAUUCAACAGAAGGUAACUGUAAUUUUAAGACACACCAUUUCAUGUCAUUUUGUGACCGUUUUACUAGAAUAUUCUUGCUCUGUAAUUUUGUAUAUGACCUCGGCCCACACAGGAUUAUACUUUACAGCCACAUGAAAAAUACCAUAGUGAAUAAACUGUACUCAGAUAUUACACAUUAUCACCAAGAUAUCAUACAAUUUUGCUGCUUCACUGAAUUGAUAAAGAAGAUGAAACAUCACGUCACAGCCAGCAUUGAUAUUAUACAGAAAUCUUCACGAAUAUGUUCUGUUUUAUAUAUAAUGCAAAAAUGACUCUUUACAAUAAAUUUCCAAUCUGCAAAUUUCAUUUUAAUACAAACUUUUAUUUUAGUCAACUGCACUACUAAAGAUUACUGAGUGCAGGAAAAAAUAAUUCAAAGCCAGAUUGGCAUUAUAGCAAUUAGAAAAAGUGACUUAAUGCAGGGAAUCUGCAGACUGAAUUUUGGUCAUUACACCAAUUCUUCUGUGUUCAAAAAUAACCUGCCUUGUCCAGUAGAUUAUAUGUGUUGUGAGUGAGUGGCAUUCAUUGUUAAUAGGACAAUAACAUUAUUCACCAAUGUAAUAAAACAGAUCAAUAAAAUUGAAAUUUAUGUCAAAAUAA